ACUGGUUGUACAUAUGUAUUUAACGCGUAUUACAUACCUACAUACACAUAUAACAUUGCCAGCUCUGCACGUGAAAUUCGUAGGCGGCGAAAGUAAUCUGUGAUCAAAUCAAAAAUGUCCAAGGCCAAGGGAAAGAAGAAGGAACGCUUCGACAACGACGACGAGGAGCAGUUGGAGAAAGUGCAGGAGAAGAAGGCGCCGCCAACCAAGAAGGGUGGCAAGAAGGGAAAGCGAGGAGGUGGCGGCGACUCCAGCGACGAAGAUGUGGCACCCAAAAGCAGAGACAACGAGGAUCUCGAGAGCAUAGCCUCCUCGAACCAGAGCAAACAGCAGCAACAGCAGGGCAAGAAGCAGGCCAAGAAGGGCAAGAAGGGCAGGAAGAACGAUGACUGGAGCGACGAGGAUGAGAAGCCAGCGAAGGGCAAGCAGGAUGAUGAUGAGGAUGACGACGACGAGGAGGACGUGGCGCCUCCACCCUCCAAGCCAGCGGCCAAAAAGCCACCGCCCAGCAAGAAAAACAAGAAGAACAAAAAGAAAAACGACGAUUUCUCCGAUGAAGAGGAACCCGAUCUGGAUUUAGAGCAGCUGGACGACGAAGAGGAGGAGCUGGUAGUAGUGGCGGCUCCAAAGCCUGCCUCCAAAAAGUCCAAGAAGAAGCAGCAGGCCCAGCAGAAGAACAAAUUCGCAAUGAGCGACGAUGAAGAUGAGGCAGACGAAGAUUUGCUAGAUGACGACGACGACGAGGAGUUGGUGGAGGAGCAGAUGUCCAGCAAACCUGCGGCCAAGAAGUCAAAGAAAAAGCAGCAAAAGCAACAGCUUCCUGCCAGCGAGGACGAAGUGCAGCCGGAGGAUGAGGAUGAGCAGCCCGAAAAGAAAGUGGAGGAGCAGAAGGCAGAGCAAAUCCUCAGCGAGAAAGUGGCAGCAGUGAGUCUCAAGGCAAAGACGCCGGAACCCGAACCUAAAGAGCAACUCCAGACCCAACCUGAAGCUAUAGUGGAACCCCAACCCGAGAAGGAAAACGACGCUGAGGCGGAGGAACCCAAAUCCGAGGAUAGCAAGGAGGAGACCAAGGAGAAGAAGCUAACCCACAAGGAGAAAAAGAAGCAAAAGAAGCAGCAGGAGUACGAACGCCAAAUGGAACUAAUGACCAAGAAGGGCGGCGCUGGACACUCGGAUCUGGACAAUAACUUCACCAUGUCGCAGGUGCAGAAGAGCGCCGGUCAGCAGGCAGCCCUCGAGCAUGCCGUCGACAUCAAGAUCGAGAAUUUCACCAUCUCAGCCAAGGGCAACGAUCUGUUUGUGAACGCCAACCUGCUGAUUGCCCAUGGACGUCGCUAUGGCCUGGUGGGUCCCAACGGACACGGCAAGACCACACUGCUGCGGCACAUUGCCACCCGUGCCUUCGCCAUACCGCCGAACAUCGAUGUGCUGCUCUGCGAACAGGAGGUGGUAGCCACCGACAAGACGGCCAUCGAUACGAUCAUGGAAGCGGACGUGCGACGCACCGAGAUGCUCAAGAAGGCGGAUGAUCUGGAGAAACAGUUCGCCGCCGGCGAUUUGAGUGUGCAGGAGGAGCUGAACGAUGCCUUUACGGAACUAAAGGCCAUUGGUGCCUACUCGGCGGAGGCCAGAGCGCGUCGAAUCCUGGCCGGUUUGGGUUUCAGCAAGGAGAUGCAGGACAGACCGACCAACAAGUUUUCCGGCGGCUGGCGCAUGCGUGUCUCCCUGGCGCGUGCCCUCUAUCUGGAGCCCACGCUACUCAUGCUCGACGAGCCCACCAAUCACUUGGACCUCAACGCUGUCAUCUGGCUGGACAACUAUCUGCAGGGCUGGAAGAAGACGCUGCUGAUCGUGUCCCACGACCAGAGUUUCCUCGACAACGUCUGCAACGAGAUCAUCCAUCUGGAUCAGAAGAAACUCCAAUACUACAAGGGCAACUAUUCGAUGUUCAAGAAGAUGUAUGUGCAGAAGCGUCGCGAGAUGAUCAAGGAGUACGAGAAGCAAGAGAAGCGGCUGCGCGAGCUAAAGGCCCACGGUCAGUCCAAGAAGGCGGCGGAGAAGAAGCAAAAGGAGUCGCUCACACGCAAGCAGGAGAAGAACAAGUCGAAGCAGCAGAAACAGGACGAGGAUGAGGGGCCGCAGGAGCUGUUGGCCCGACCCAAGGAGUAUAUCGUCAAGUUCCGCUUCCCGGAGCCAUCGCAACUCCAGCCACCCAUUCUGGGUGUGCACAAUGUGACCUUUGCCUUCCCCGGCCAAAAGCCGCUCUUCAUCAAGGCGGACUUUGGCAUCGAUCUAACCAGCCGGGUGGCCAUCGUUGGACCCAAUGGCGUCGGCAAGUCCACGUUCCUCAAGCUGCUGCUCGGCGAACUGGAGCCGCAGCAGGGUGAGCAGCGCAAGAACCAUCGCCUGCAUGUGGGCCGCUUCGAUCAGCACUCCGGCGAACAUCUCACGGCAGAGGAAUCGGCAGCGGAGUAUCUGCAGCGUCUGUUCAAUCUGCCGCACGAAAAGGCGCGCAAGGCGCUGGGUUCCUUCGGUCUGGUCAGCCAUGCCCACACCAUCAAGAUGAAGGAUCUGUCCGGUGGCCAGAAGGCUCGUGUGGCGCUCGCCGAGCUGUGUCUGAGUGCGCCCGACGUCCUCAUUCUGGACGAGCCCACCAACAACCUGGACAUCGAGAGCAUCGACGCGUUGGCGGAGGCCAUCAAUGAGUACGAGGGCGGCGUGAUCAUCGUCUCCCACGACGAGCGAUUGAUCCGCGAAACGGGCUGCACUCUCUACGUGAUUGAGGAUCAGUCGAUCAACGAGAUCGACGGCGAGUUCGAUGACUACAGGAAGGAGGUGCUCGACUCGCUGGGCGAGGUGGUCAACAAUCCCAGCGUGGUGGCCAAUGCGGCGGUGCUGCAAUAACCCUGGAGUUGGACCCGCACUUGGACUUCACGCCACUACGCCACUACGUCAUCUCGUCAGCCGGCUCGACCUCUGUUAAUACUUUAACUGUUGAAUGGUUUAUCCGCUAGUUAGCCUUUUUGUACCAACAUAUGUGAACGAUAACAAAUUGUAAGAGUAAAAGUUAUUACCCAAGAGAA